UGUUGGUAUUGAAAGCUGCUUUAUCUAUGAAAAAAAUAUGUGUCGGAAAUGGGCUUUCAUUUCAUUUCGGAGAGUUUCUGGUAUUGAUUGUUGUUGUUGUUGGCGGAAGGCCAAAGAUUCUUUCAUGAUCAUCCCGCGGCUCUUCCGGGAAUAGCGGCGCUAAAGUGCGAGGAAGGAGGAACAGGAUGGUGUGUCUCAUCAUCAUCAUCAUCACAGUCAUACGCGUAUUUGAGUCGAAGAGCGGAUGAGUUUGAGUGCGUAUCAGGAUGGAGGUGAUGGAGGCAGAGCUUGAGGAUCUCUGGAGACGCCGGGAUCCGCGGAGAGACUGAAGGAAUGCGCGCCGGUCUUUAACGGUUUCUCAGGAUGAAAUAAACCCCCUAGAGAAGAGAAUUCAUCUUCCGCCACCAUAGUUUCAUCGCUGUUCUCCAUCGAUAAAAUGGUCCCUCCAAGCAACUCGACUCCGCUUUGCUUCUCCAUCAACAGCCUUCCUUUCAAAUACAACCACACCAUCACUUCCGCGUACUUCUCUGCGGUCUUCAGCGGGCUCGGAUUGAGCUCCAAUCUCUUCGCCCUGGUGGUUCUGGCCAAGACGUUUCACCACACCAAGAGCCGCUCACGUUCCUCGUUCCUGCUCUUCCUCGGCGGCCUGGUGUUCACCGACUUUAUGGGACUGUUGGUCACCGGGUCCAUCGUGGUGUCCUUCCACAUCACGCACUUCAACUGGCGCCAGCUGGACCCUCACUGCCACUUCUGCAACUUCAUGGGCAUGUCCAUGGUGUUCUACGGACUUUGCCCACUGCUUCUUGGCGCCGCCAUGGCCAUAGAGCGUUUCAUAGGCAUCAACCGACCCUUCUCACGUUCCACCACCAUGUCCAACUCGAGAGCGUGCUCAAUGGUGGCCAUGGUGUGGGUCACGGCCGGUUGCAUCAGCCUUUUGCCGUUGGUGGGGUUGGGAAGCUACCACCUCCAGGUGCCUGGCUCCUGGUGCUUCCUCAACAUCAGUUCCAAACCUCUAGACAUGACCUUCAGCUUGAUCUUCUCGCUCGUCGGCCUGCUGUCGCUGGCUGUGUCAUUCCUGCUCAACACCGUGAGUGUGAUUACCCUCCUGAGGGUGUGUUGCGGACAGGACAGCAGUCAACGGAGGCGAGAUUACGAAGUGGAGAUGAUGGUGCAGCUCAUCUUGAUCAUGGCCAUCGCCUCCAUCUGCUGGUGCCCUUUACUGGUGUUUAUUGCGCAGACAGUGCUGUCGGGCAGCAAGCUCGAAGUUCUUAACCUGCUUCUCUGGCUUCGUUUUGCGACGUGGAACCAGAUCCUGGAUCCCUGGGUCUACAUCCUCUUCCGACGUGCCGUACUGAAACGCAUCUCGCCCAAGAUGGACUGGUCCCGCGGCUCCAUCAUGAGCAUCUCGACGUCCUUCCGCAGGCUCACGCGUACCUCACUGGGAGGAACGAUUGACCGUUUGGAGCACCUCCGGCCAAAUCCAGACAAAGCCAGACAAGAGGAUACGCCCUUACCUGUGCAGAACAUCCCUGUGUCAUCUUGUUCCAUUGAGCAAACCAGGACUUGCAUCUAGCUCAACAUCUGUGAUGAUUAAACGUCUCAUGGAAAGAACUAAUGUGGAGCCAAAUGUAGGGCAUGCCCAGCUUUUUGACCCUUUUCUUGAUGCAUUGUUUUCAUAGAGGUGCUGAUGGCCAGCCUGGCAAACUCUUCUCAGACUAGGGGUGUGCGAUAAUGACAAAAAAUAAUAUCUCGAAUAUUUUCUGGGAUUUUGUCAAUAACAUUGAUCAGAUGAUAUUUUGCUAAGUGUGUUAUUGUGCUGCCGUUGACUCCUAAGUUUUUGUUUUUCUUCAUAUUUUGUGCGGUGGUUAGUUGACAGACAUUUUCCAAUAAGUUUAAAUUGAUUUUUCCUUUUAUCUGCAUCAUUUAUGUCAAAUUAUUACAUUUUAACAGACACGUUUGAUCUUCAACUAAUUCAAUGAAAUCAGUAUCAACUAAAUCCGUCUUUGCAGUGCUGAGGAAACAGAAGCUGCAUCUGAAGUGGCAUUUAGAUCUAUUUACACAGACUGUUUAAUGCAGCUCAGAGGGGACACAAAUGCAUUUAACCUGCAGUUAUAAAUGCAUAAAAAAUGUUUUAAAAGCAAAAUGAUGAUAUAUGAAUUUAUUUUAAAAUUGAAAAGAUACUCUAAAUAUGAAAUUAAACCCGCCAGUAAAUGGCGGCAAGUCACUGUUAAUGAGCAAAUCAUUCAUUCAAAUGUUUCAUUCAAAUGGACUGAUUCAUUCAGUAAUGAAGCAUUUGACUUUCUUAAUGAGUAAUUGAAUCAAUAGGCUUGUUCGAGAUUCGGUCGGCAUAUGACAUCAAAGUGCCACGAGAGCAUUUGGAGAGCAUACGACUCAUUCGGUAACAAAGCAUUUGACUUUCUUAAUGAGUGAGUCACUGAAUCAUUCAUUCAACUGAUUCAUUCAAACAGCCGAUCAUUUCAGGAAGGAUGCAAUUUGACUUUCAUAAUGAGUGAGUCAUUGAAUCAUUCAUUCAACCGAUUCGUUUAAAGGGCCGAUCAUCACAGGAAGAACGCAUUUGACUUUAUUAAUGAGUGAGUCAUUGAAUUAUUCAUUCAACCAGUUUGUUCAAAUGGCUGAUCAUUUCAGAAACAAAGCAUUUGACUUUCUUAAUGAGUGAGUCAUUGAAUCAUUCAUUCAACUGAUUUGUUCAAAAGGCUGAUCAUUUCAGGAAGGAUGCAAUUUGACUUUCUUAAUGAGUGAGUCAUUGAAUCAUUCAUUCAACUGAUUUGUUCAAAAGGCCGAUCAUUUCAAGAAGAAAGCAUUUGACUUUCUUAAUGAGUGAGUCAUUGAAUUAUUCAUUCAACCAGUUUGUUCAAAUCACUGAUCAUUUCAGAAACAAAGCAUUUGACUUUCUUAAUGAGUGAGUCAUUGAAUCAUUCAUUCAACUGAUUCGUUCAAAAGGCCGAUCAUUUCAGGAAGGAUGCAAUUUGACUUUCUUAAUGAGUGAGUCAUUGAAUCAUUCAUUCAACCGAUUCGUUCAAAGGGCCGAUCAUCUCAGGAAGGAAGCAUUUGACUUUAUUAAUGAGUGAGUCAUUGAAUAAUUGAUUUAACCAAUUCGUUCAAAUGGACUGAUUCAUUCAGUAUCAAACUGAAUCAUGUUUGUAACAAUUUUUGUCAGCAAAAUGGAGCAAAACAGGCAAUAUUGUGUCUAAAAAAUGUCACUUAAUUGUUUAUUAAACUGUUGCAUAAAAUCAAUAUCGCAUUUGCAGUCGUGCUCUUUGUGUGAUUGCUUAACUAUAUCAUGUGAUAUAAAUAUAGCCUAAAAUAAAAAUCCUCAUACAGGGACAUUUUUACUGCAUUUUAUUAGAGUAAAUCACUCUAAAUGCGCAUGCGCAGUAGUCUAACCUAAACCGAAAAGGCUACAUCACGCAGUGUCUGCACUCUCUAGGCAUGUUUUAGCAAAGUGAUCAAUAAUCAAUAAUGUCAGAUUGCACAUUGUUAAAACAACAAUUACGAUAUUAUCGUAGACUAUAUAUAUCGCACACCCCUAUGUCGGACAUGUUCAAGAAGAAUUCGAGUUCAAGCAUGCACUCGAAUGAAAAAAAAAGUACAGUAGAAACUGCAGUUUUGGCUCCCUUCCUAGACAUAUACACUCCUUUUCCUUGCUGAUAAGAAGAUGAGGACCACACACUCGGUUAAAAAAACCAUUGAAACACCCAACUUUAGCUGCGAAGGCCAUUCUGACUUAUGUCUAGUCUUGUCAUGAACAUUCUUGUCUUGAGGAAUCAAACAAUUAUAAUUUCUAGCACAAAGUUGGUUAUUCUUAUGUAAGGAAACACAAGGUUAGCAUCAAAUGCUGUCAGACUGAAUAAUCUGUUCUGAUCUUGUAUUUAUAUUGUGUGUAAUCCCAAACUCAUUAUUCAACCCAUUUUUGUUUAGAUUGCAUUGGCCAAUUGUUCUCUCAAGUAUUUGUAUCUUUGGUAGAGAUGAUUUUUGGCAAACAAUGUCACCGAGGCCUAGCGCACACUGCAAACAGAUGCUCGUCCGCUCGUGUACAUUUAAAGUCAGUUUCUUGCGUGUAAACAACAAGGAUAUGCUUUUUGCACCAAUUUCCAAGAUACAAACCCAUCUGUGCAGCAGUUUGAUCUUUGCGCGAAAAAACCCGAGAUGACUUGGACUCUGCGACUCAAAAACAUGAGUAUGCGAGUUGCUACGAUAAGGGCUUUUUGUUACUGACUGUAAGCAUAAUGAGCUUCUGUCUUGUAGAGUGCGCUAGGCUAUUAGCAUGACUAGCUACAAAUAAACCAUCGCUGCAUCUAUAGUAUGAGUAGUAUGUCCAAAUACAAUAGUAUUUGAAAAACAGUUGGGAAAAGUACCCGGAUGACCUACUACUUAUGGCAAGAUUCAGAAGUGUGCAUUCGAUGGACACUUUAAUAUCCCACGAGGCCACGGUAGAGGAUUUGUGAAUGGCAGUGAAGCGACACAACUGACAUUGUAGGUCACAUGAUAAGACAAAAGAUUGUGGAUGUAGUACAUCCAAAUUUUAUUCAUACACCACACAAUCAUACUAUAUAGAACAUACUUUAUGUCGCAAAGUAAGUUUCAAACCAAAUUUCAGACAUAGUGCAUGUUUUGUGGGUUUUAAAGUCAACGUGAAGCUGUCGCAAAUCAUUUUACUUCUGUAACGUGAUUUUUUUUAUGUGUAGAAAAGUGGUUUUGAUUUUAUUAGUUAGUUAGUUAGUUUAUUAGUUAGCUAGUGAUUUGAUGUAAAAUGACAGUUGGUUAGAGGGGGAGGGUUUGGAAAAUAAUAGUGUUUGGUGAUGUAAUUUUUGGGGCGGUGCCUUUGCGCAGUAGAGUGCAUUAGUGCCCGCCCACUUUUUCAGUGGUUCCUGGACUGUUUUUCCUAUUUAUUUUCCCCAUAGGGAUUUUUUUUUAAAUCUAAGUUAAAGAGCCAUGAACCAAACCAACCAGUCACAAGGUGAAUCACAAGACUGAUUUGAAGCAAAAAAGUAUUUGAAAAUCUGACAAAAAUACAAGACUGUGUACUUAACAGCUUCAGUGAAGGAAAGAACUACAAUUCCCAGAAGAACUGCGAAUAAUUGAAUUAAAAACUAUGGAGAAGUACAAAAAUACUGACUUAAAGAUGUUUAGUGUGUAUAUAAAAACAACAUAUUUUAUGUUGACUGCAUAAAAAUGUAUAUUUAUACAAAUAUUUUAAGUAGUUUAUGAGCAUAGGAAUUCGCACUGCUUUUUUAUCGCAAUUCUCUGAUUGGUGGAAUUUCUCUGCAGAAUCAUGGGUAAUGUAGUUUUUCACCAAAAAUUCUGCAGUUAAACACGAUUAUUUAAAAAAAUAAUUUGAAAUAAUGCUGAUGGCUUCAUAUUCCAUCGAUUAACAACCAGACAGUAGGUCUGUCUUUAACGUUUUAUGUAUUUUCAGUUUUCAUUUGAAUUUGUGUUGUCAUUUUUGUUAGUUUUUUUUUUUUUUUUUUUUUUUAAAUAUUGAAUUUUUUAAGUUGUAGUAAUGUUAGUACUUAAACUUUUCAACUGAAAUACUUUAUUUUUUUGUCUAAUAUUUAUAUUCUAUUUUAUUCCGGCUUUAUUUAUUUAUUUUCAGCAUUCUACAAGUUAUUGUUAAAAACGAAUUCCCUCUUGUAAAAAAUGAAUAGGAUUUUUACUUCCGGAACCAGACCGUUGCAGUAUAAGACGUGGAAAAAGAAUUAAGAAAGUAAAUAGUGUCAAUUUUUAUUUCACAUUGACUGAAGGACUUUUAUGAGCCAUUUUUUGAGUGACUAUCUUUGAUGUGUAUGAAUUGCGAAUGUACAAAAAGUCUGCGGACUCACAAUUUGUGGUAUGCUAGAGCGUUUUUAAUCUUUAAAUAUAUUCAAAUAUGUCACAUCAAGUCAUGUAAAAGGGGUACGUACACUGUAAAACACGAUAUACAAUGCGCAAACACUUAGCAGAUUUUUGACUUAAAUAGCUACACAUUAAAUGUGUACAUAUAAUUAAUUCAAAUGUGUCAAAAAGUGAUGAUGCAUAUAUACACAAGCCAUUCGUGUCACAAGAUCUCAUUAAUCGUAAAAGAUCAUUCAUUUCACCUGUAACACGUUGUAAUUAUACAUAACACAAAAGACAGAACAAACAAAGGCUAGGCUAGGCUAAGCUAAGCUAAUGUCUGCUAUCAUAUACUUGAUUGUAAUGCUUCUAAAGUCAAAUAUAUAAUGUAAAACACAUAAAAGAUUGGUUUAACCCCUACUUAGCUAUACACAUCGGUGGGAAAUACAGUUUGACCUACUUCGUACACACUUUAGCCCAUUGUUUAUUCGCUAAUACCUUGACGUUCUCCAUUCCUCAGGAUCAGUGUGGGAAUUGGGAGGAUUGAGUAUAUGAAAACAGAUGACAGACGUCAUAAAUCAGCCUCUCAGAUGUCUUUACUUACUCUGAAACAAAAAAAACAAGAGGAAAAGCAUGUGCUUGUGUGAGAUAGCGUUAGCCUGUGAAGUCUGACGUUGAGCUUCUAAUGGCGUUUGUCCAGAGUUGCUAAUGGUUUUCUGUGAGUGUGUUGCUGUGAAGAUGUAAAUAAACGCCUCCUGAGAUGACCUGGUUUA